AUGUGCAUCCCGCUGGACCCACCGCCGCCCCACCGACACCCGGCGCCCGAGCGCCAGCAUCCUUGUGGGGACCCGCAGCCAGGGUAUCGCACGCUGCCGGACCCACAGCUGCCCCACGGCAGCCUGGGCACGCUCGGCUGGAGCCAUCGCCUCCUUGCCGAGCUGCCAGCAUCCCCGAUCGGACCCACAAGCAGCUCGGGCCACCGCGGGCAUUCCCCCGCCGACCCGCCGGACUCCUCUGCGGGCAUCCCACUGCGGGCAUCCCCCCGCCGCCCCGCUGGUCCCCACUGCGGAUAUCCCCCGCCGGAGCCCACGGCCGGAGCCUGGACAUCCCCCGCCAGAACCCAUGCCCCGAGCCUGGACAUCCCCCUCCGGACGCACUGCCGGAGCCCGGGCACCCCCCGCCGGAGCCCGCUGCCGAACCGUGGGACCCCCGCCUGCCCCACAGCGGGGCAGCCCCGGCACUCACCUCCCGCCUGUCCGCGGAGCGGGGCCGCCCCCGCCGCUCGCCUCCAGCGCUCGGCCCCGGCUUUGUCUCCGCGCCGGGGGCGCGGCCGCCGCCCCCCGCCGCCGCCGCCGCGCUCGGUGCCCGCACCGCCCCGCACCGGGCCGGGCUCAGGGCUGCGCCGCCGGCAGCAGCAUCGCGCAGCGCCGCUGCCCCGGCGCGCUGGGAGAAGGCUCCGGGCAGCCGGGCUCCGCGGGGCGCGCACGGGCCAGGGGCCGCCCCCGCCGCCGGCGCUGCCGGCGCGUCCCGGCCCGCGGCGGGGGAAGCGCCUUGGCUGCGCCGGGGACACGCGGGUGAACGUGUCCCACCCCUGCUCGCCCCUGAAGCCGGUGUCGGAUCCAAAACAAGGCAGAGUGGAGCUGCGGGUGUUCUGGGGGUCCCAGUCCCCAGCUGGCAGCAUCCCCCGCUCAGGAAGAAAGGGGGUGAAGCAGUCCACUCCUUAA